AUGGCUGCUGCUGCUUCAUCUUCCAGCCAAAGUAGUGGGAUCUUCAUCGUUUGCCUGUCGCUCAGCCUGCUUCUCAUCGUUGGAGUGAUCCAACUCGACAACGCGAAUCAAAAUGGUGAGCCGUCUGCAAAGCUCUCGCAGUUUCUCCUUCGUGGCAACUUGCCUUGCCAAUCCGUGCAAGUAUCAUCCGUGUCCAAAACUUCGUCUCGCAACACCGAGCUCCCUGCGCACGACGAGACGAGCGAGAAGAUUGAGUUGCUAAUGGAGAUCUGGAAUUCUUCACCAUACCUCAAGGAGGACGCCAAAGUUUCGGAGGAAGAGCUUUCUAGCAUCACUCGGCCUCCUCACCUGGAGAAUUGUAAAGCUCGUUACAUGGAGUAUACCAGGAUGGACAGCCGGAGUGACGAUGGAGAGCGUCCACACUGGAGUUUGUGGAAAGGCCUCUUGGGAGCUGAGCUCGGAAAGCACGUCCCCUACGAGGACGAUGGAGAGGAGCUCCUCCUCAACAAAACAGCUCUGCUGCAAGGUCCAUUUCCUCCCUGGAUCGAUGGAGGAGAGGAAGAUAACUUACCAUACACAAGACGCGUCCAGCGAGAUCUGUGGUUGCAUCAGCACCCGAAGAACUGCAGAGAUUCAUCUCUUAAGUUCUUGUACGUAGACUUCGCAAACAUAUCGACAUGGGGUACCGGAGCACAGCUGAACGCCAUCUCGGGAAUGGUCGCAGUUGCUAUGAACGAAAAUAGAGUUCUGGUCCUGGAGUAUUUCAACCGAGCCGAUCACGAGGGCUGCAAAGGAUCUGGACACUCUCGUUGGACAUGCUAUUUCAUUCCCGAGACAUCAAAGGAAUGUCGUGAGCGAGCGCUGGAGCUCGCUGCUUCGCAGGAAGCGAGAAAGAAUAAAACUAUCACCGACAUGAGCAACUACUGGGGAGGGAUAACAUGGUUCGCACCCAUUCCAGUGAUCUGGGGAAAGCCAUGGGAGCAUCUGCAAGCAACGAGCCAAGUGAAUGGUGAGCUCACAGUUCAUCACAACCAAAUGCACAUAUGGUGGUGGCGUGCACAGGCCAUCAGAUAUCUUACUCGAUAUCCAAGCGAGUACCUGUGCGUACUUCUCAACCGUGCUCGUCACGAAGCGUUUGGCCGUGCGGCUGCUGCGUUGGUCGUCGACACACUUCCCAAAGAGUGGCCAAAGGUUGAAAGUUCGAGAAGAAAUAUCACCGCCAUGGAGAAGCUUGUGUGGAGCAACCAUAUCCACAGGCCAUGGGUUCCGAGGCCCCUGGUAAGUGUUCACGUUAGACAAGGCGACAAGGGCCGAGAAAUGAAAAUCUUCAGCUUCAAAUCUUAUAUGGAGCUUGCUCAUAACUUACGUGGUCGCUUUCCUAAUGCCAAGCACAUAUGGCUUUCGACGGAGAUGCAGAACGUCGUAGACGAAAGUAAGAACUACACAAAGUGGAACUUCUACUACACGAACAUUAGAAGACAAACCGGAAGCACGACGAUGAAAGACUACGAAACCGGCCUGGGAAGAUGGAACAGUAGCACCAAUGCUUUUGUGAACCUGAUGAUGGCAGUGGAUUGCGAUUACUUCAUAGGAGCGCUUGGAUCCUCCUGGGGUUCCAUCAUCGACGGACUGCGAAGCACAGGUGGUAAAGCUCUUGCGGGGAUAGUAAGCGUCAAUCCUGGCCAGUUCUGGUAAGAUCAGUACGAGCGAAAAAAA